AUGAGCUUCCUUAUAGCUUUGGUGACUAUAACCGGUUUUGCUCAACAGUUCAAUUUAGGAGUGGAAGGCACGCUUAACACGGAUACUGUACAGUUGUCGCCUGGCCGUGAUGACUGCAUGCUACCCAAUUUAUUACCUACACCAGAAAAUCGCGGACAGGAGAACAAUCGCAAUAUUGAGGCAUCUGAAGGUCCAGGUUCCAAUUUGAGGGAGACGUUGACAAAUGGGGAGCGUGCUCAUCGUCAGGCACCUAUUGAUCACACUUUGAAUACAAGUUUUAGGGCGCCUGAAGUAGAACACCAGACACGUGCGAAUGCAACAGUAUGCACACCACCCACACCUGCUAAAAAGAUCCCAGAACACCAGAUGAAUGCAUUGCGUAGUGUGUUGAAGAACUUUUAUGAUGAAUGGUGGACAUAUUUCGCGAGUAGCGAGGCGCCUGAAGGUCUAAAUCCCGAUUCGAGGAAGAGGUUGACAAACUCAAUAAUAAAUAAUGGUUGUCCUGAUUGUCAGGCACUUAAUGGUCCUACUCUGAAUACCUCAAUAAUAAACAAUGGUUGUCCUGACUGUCAAGCACUUAAUGGUCCUACUCUGAAUACCUCAAUAAUAAACAAUGGUUGUCCUGAUUGUCAGGCACUUAAUGGUCCUACUCUAAAUACAAGUUCGAGCCAGUGUGCGGCACCUGAAGUAGAACGCCAAACACGUGCGAAUGCAACAAAUCGUACCGAACCCGUCGUCAUAGACCUGUGCACACCACCCAGACCUGCCAAAAAGGUUUGA